AUGUAAAUUAUUUACUUUUUUCUUUUGUUUUUUUUAUAAUUUGACUGUACAUUGAUUUAACCUAGGUUAAUUUCAUUUACCGUAGUAAUUAAUAAACCAGUAUAAAUAUAGACACCUAAUCUGUAGCAGAAGCUAUCAAAAUAGCUGAUAUCUCCGGGGGGAAAAGACGAUUGUCAUUUGUCAACUUGUCUGAAAGAAGAAGACAGCAUGGGUAGUGAAUCAUACGAGGAAGCCAUUGCAGCUUUGUCGAAGCUUCUCAGUGAAAAAGCUGAUCUCGGGAGCGUCGCCGCCGCAAAAAUCAAGCAGGUAACAGCCGAGUUAGAGGCUGCUGCCGCCGAUCCGACGAAGUUCAAUCCGGUCAAGCGGAUCGAGACCGGUUUCCUUCACUUCAAGAAAGAAAAAUACGAAAAAAAUCCUGAUCUGUACAGUGCUCUUGCAAAAGGGCAAAGCCCCAAGUUCUUGGUAUUUGCAUGCUCGGAUUCUCGGGUGUGCCCUUCCCACAUCCUGGAUUUCCAACCGGGGGAGGCUUUUAUGGUCCGUAACAUUGCCAAUAUGGUCCCGUCUUACGACAAGAAAAAACACACUGGAGUCGGUGCUGCCAUUGAAUAUGCAGUCCUGCAUCUCAAGGUGGAGAAUAUUGUGGUUAUUGGACACAGUUGCUGUGGAGGUAUUAAGGGUCUCAUGUCCAUCCCAGACGAUGGGACCACUGCCACUGAUUUCAUAGAAAAUUGGGUUAGCAUCUGUGCACCAGCAAAGACCAAAGUGAAAUCAGAAUGUACUGAGCUAAGCUUCUUGGAGCAAUGCAACAACUGCGAGAAGGAGGCAGUGAAUGUAUCUCUGGGCAACCUGUUGACAUAUCCAUUCGUGAGAGAAGCAGUGGUGAAGAAAACCGUGGCCUUGAAAGGUGCACAUUACGAUUUUGUCAAUGGGAAAUUUGAUCUCUGGAAUCUGGAUUUCCAGAUUUCACCCUCUUUAGCAGCUGUAUGAGCAUUUCACAAGUUUCACCUUGCUUUUACUCUCCUCUUGCAAUCAGCCCAUGUUGUAUAAUUUUCUGUGUAGAAAAUCUGAAGAUAAUGCCAUAAUGGAGCAGUGUUUUCUCCAAA